AUGGGAAGAUGGUAUGUGACUGUACAAAGCAAUCAUCAAGGUAAUCGUAGAAGAUCGAGAGGCCAAGGAAGAUUCACAUGCGGUACCUGCGAUCGUCGUUAUCAUCAGGAAAAAAAUUUAAGAAGACACCUUACAAACGAAUGCGGCAAACAGCCUAAACAUCAAUGCACAUUUUGUCCAUACAAAGCAACAUACAAAUCGUAUCUACACGUUCAUAUGAUGAAACAUAGAAAACGUGGAUUCGUACCACCCGACACGAAAUAUCCAAUGGCAAGAUUAAAACACACCUGCAAGACCUGUGGUAAAAGUUACAAACACAAGCAUCAUUUGAAGAGGCAUCACGAUUUCGAAUGCGGCAUUGAACCGAAAUUUCCUUGCGAUUUUUGCGAUCAUCGUACAAGAUACAAGGAUAGUUUGACCAAACACGUAUUGGCACGUCAUCAACAUCUUCUAGAACAAAAUACUACACAAUAUGGCGGUGGCAGCGGCGGAUAUCUUCAUCGUCAAACUUCCUACGAUUCUAACGCAAAUAAAUCAAGAAUACUAAAAAGAAGAAGAACGACUACACCAAUAACAACAAAAGAAAGAACGAGCGACAAUUCGUCUAAUUGGAUGUUAUCAACAUUACCAUCAACUACGCCUUUUGCUAUGCACACGAAAUGUUUACGAUCUAUGACAUCUACGCCAUAUUUAACCGAACCUAAAGAACAAUAUGGUACUCGUAAAUAUAUUUGCCAAAAUUGCCAAAGAAAAUUCACAUAUAGGGCUUCUUUUCUUAAACAUCAGAAAUUCAAGUGCGACAGCAAUAAACAAGAAAAACUUACUGUAAUAAAACAAGAAAAUCCUUCUGUAACAGAACAAGAAGAACUUUCUGUAAGAAAAUAUAAAAAAUCUAAACUGGUUAAUCCUAAAAAUUUGACUACGACUGAUGCAACUGCUACUUUGCAUUCGGAUAUCGUGGGUAAAAAAGAAAAUAAAUCAAGAAAACGAAAAAGAGUAAGAAAGACUACACCAGUAACAACAACAACAGAAAGGACGAGCGACAAUUCGUCUAAUUGGAUGUUAUCAAUAUUACCAUCAACUACGCGUCUUGCUAUGCACACGAAAUGUUUACGAUCUAUGACAUCUACGCCAUAUUUAACCGAACCUAAAGAACAAUAUGGUACUCAUAAAUAUAUUUGCCAAAAUUGCAAAAGAAAAUUCGCAUUGAGGGCUUAUUUGCUUAGACAUCAGAAAUUCGAGUGCAACAGUAAUAAACAAGAAAAACGUACUGUAACAAAACAAGAAAAACUUUCUGUAAGAAAAUAUAAAAAAUCUAAACUUGUUAAUCCUAAAAAUUUGACUACGACUGAUGCAACUGCUACUUUGCAUUCGGAUAUCGAGGGUAAAAAAGAAAGAAAUCACAUUUGUCUAAAUUGUAAUAAAUCUUACGUGUAUGGAACGUCACUUAGGAGACACAUAAGAUUCGAAUGCGGAAAGGAACCGCAAUUUCUGUGUCACGUUUGUAAAACAACAUUUUCUCAAAAAGGAAACUUGCGUCGUCACAUACGAGUAAUGCAUUAAAAUUUAGUUUUGUUUUUGGUUUUUUAAAAAUUAUUUACACUUAUUACUUUCUUUUUUUUUUUCCUUUUCAUUAUUUAAUGACAUAAAACAAUGUUACUGAAACAUAAGAUUUAUAACUAGUCGUUUUUAUUUUCGAAACGCUUAUUGUAUUUUUGUUAUCGUGCUUCUGCACAAAAUGCUUCUUUUCUCGCUUUAGUUUUAUUUGUUUUAUUUUUCUUUAUUUUGACAUCCAAAAAUGAGACAUAA